AUGGGUAAAUCCGUUCAAGACCUUCUUGCCGCCGGCAAAGCAACUUCGGCCGAGGCAGCAGCCGCAUUCGAGACACUUGGCCCAGUCAGACCUGAAGCCAUCGUGGGCCGUUGGAAAGGAUCGGAAUUGGCAACUGGCCACGCAGUCGACGGCACAUUGUCCGCCAGCGGAUGGUACGGCAAGGAGUUCACUGAACGCGAUGCUCACCCUCUCCUUUUCCAGAAUAAGAAUGGAGAGGUCUUCGCAGGAAACCCCACCAAGACUAUGGCUUUGGGGGCUCGUGGAGAGUCUAUCGUGGAGAAUCAGAAAGAGGUCGAGACCAAGGACUAUCAAGCGCGUAUCCGCGUAGUUGAGCACAAGGGUGUAUCGACUGCAAGCAUGCUCUACAACGAGCAUCCCAUAAUCGAUCACUUCCGCAAGGUCGACGACAACACCCUUCUAGGUGUCAUGGACAACUUGCUGAUGCCCGAGCCCCCGUUCUAUUUCGUUCUUCGCCGGGAGUAG